AUGACACACAAAAAUGCUGUCGGAGGCUUAGAAUAUGAAGAACUAAUCGCGGUGGGAGAUCUGACUGCAGAACUUCUGGUAAUUACAGAUGAGUGGGAUGCCAUCUUACUCAACUACACGUCUGGCACGAUGUCGGCGCCGAAGGGGGUGGUUUAUAGCCAUCGUGGCGCGUACUUGAGCACCCUGAGCUUGCUAUUGCAGUGGGGAGUGGGAAUUGAACCGGUUUAUCUUUGGUCUCUCCCUCUGUUUCAUUGCAAUGGCUGGACUUUCACAUGGGGUAUUGCCGCCCGCGGCGGCACUAACGUCUGCAUUCAGUCUACUUCAACUGAGGUUAUGUAUAAGGCCAUUGCCGACCAUGGAGUCACCCACAUGUGUUGUGCGCCCAUCGUCUUCAACAUCCUCUUCGACUCUUGCGAAGCGGAGGCACAAGAAAACUUUGCUGUCGAGGUGCUCACCGGUGGAUCCCCUCCGCCGGCUUCUCUUCUUGAAAAGGUAAUGAAGAUGGGAUUCCACGUCACUCACGCUUACGGAAUGACGGAGGCUACGGGAGCAGCGUUGGUGUGCGAGUGGCGAGCGGAGUGGAACCAAUUUCCUGCAGAGCAGCGUACGAGGCUAAAGGCGAGGCAGGGGAUCAGCGUCCUGAUCCUUACCGAAGUAGACGUGAAGGAAACAUCUGGGUUAACAAUGGAGAGCGUCCCGCGAGACGGGAAGGCCGUCAGCGAGAUUGUGCUACGCGGGAGUAGCGUGAUGAAAGGUUACUUUAAGAAUGAGAAGGCGACUGCAGAGGCGUUUAGGGACGGGUGGUUUUUAACAGAGGAUGUCGGAGUCGUGCACCCAGAUGGAUACGUGGAGAUCAAGGAUCGGAUAAAGGAUAUAAUUAUUUCAGGUGGGGAGAACAUAUGCAGCGUGGAGGUGGAGAAUGUGUUGCAUAGUUAUUACGAGGUGUUGGAGGCUGCGGUGGUUGCGAUGCCUCAUGCUCGCUGGGGAGAAACGCCAUGCGCGUUUGUAGUUGUGAAAGGAGAGGUGGCAACGAAGCUGACGGAGGACGAAAUAUUAGGGUACUGCCGGAGCAACAUGCCACACUUUAUGGUGCCGAGAAAGGUGGUGUUCCUGGAGGAGCUUCCGAAGAACUCGACGGGGAAGAUAGAGAAGAAGAAGUUGAGGGAGAUGGCUCGAGAGUUUUACGCUG